CUGCAGAACAGGGAGUGAGGUUGCACUGUAUAAUGGAAUCAUGCAAAAGGAAAAAAGUCUCCUGGCUGUUAAUGGCCGUUUUUGACUCUUGUCAGUUUGAAGUUAAAUGUUUGGUUGCUAGGGAAUAGAACUAAAUCAGUGCCUGCAGUAAAACUUUAUCAUUUGUUACAAAAAUCUGCAAUUCUCCCUGGGGCCAUCAGGUUCCCCUUCUGGCCUGCCCAGUAGUAUGUUCAUGUAGGUGCUUAGUUGCUUAGUCAUGUCUGACUCUUUGUGACCCUAUGAACUGUAGCCUGCCAGGCUCUUCUGUCCAUGGGAUUCUCUAGGCAAGAAUACUGGAGUGGGUUGCUAUUCCCUUCUCCAGGGGAUCUUUCUGACCCAGGAAUCACACCCAGGUCUCCUGCAUUGCAGGCAGAUUCUUUACCAUCCAGAUACCAACAUUUCUACGGCCCUUGAGACUGUGCUGUGGGAUCCACCUUGUAAAUAUAUCCAUUGACUAAAAACUGUCGAAUGAACAGCAUGUUAGGUGUCACCAUGUACCUGCACUGUGUGAAACCCUGAGCGUGACAAAGACAAAAAUAUGUAAGGCAGGAUCCCUGUCUUGAAGGCUCUUGAAAUCUACCUUUGUCAAAAAGCAAUUGGCAGACCUUAUUUGUUAAAGUAACAUUCUUUUUUUUUAAUUAACAUAUUGUUGAUUUACAAUGUCAUGUUAGUUUCAGGUGUGCGCCAAAGUGAUUGAGUUUUAUAUAUAAUAUAUAUAUUAUCUAUGCAUGCUAAGUAGCUUCAGACGUGUCCAGCUGUUUGUGACCCUAUGGACUGUAGUCCUACAGGCUUCUCUUUCCAUAGGUUUCUCCAGACAAGAAUACUGGAGUGGGUAAACAUUCCCUUCUCCAGGGGAUCUUUCUGACCCACAGGUUGAACCCGAGUCUCUUAUGUCUCCUGCAUUUGCAGGCCAGUUCUUUACCACUAACCCCACCUGGGAAGCCCUACAUUCUCUGUAACAUAUAUUAUAGAUAAUAUAUAUUGUUUUUCAGAUUCUUUUCUAUUAUAGCUUAUUACAAGAUAUUGAAUAUAGUUCUCUGUGAUAUACAGUAGGUCCUUGUUGUUUAUCUUUUACAUAUAGUUGUGUGUAUCUGUUAAUCCCAAACUCCUAAUUUGAAGAGGAGGAAUAAAUCAGGAGUAAAGUGACAUUCUUAAUAGUACCAUAAAUCAAUUAUUAGAAAGCCAGUUGAUUUAAAGCCUAAAAUAAUGGGGUCUUUUUUUCCUCCUUGAUUUAUUAUAAUAAGCACCCUCAGUGACUAAUUAUUACGGGUGAGGUCCAACAUUAAUUAGGUUUAUACAGAAUUCUGCUGUAAACAGUAAUUUUGCAUUUGAUUAGUACAAUGAGCUGAUUCAUAAAGUAACUUUUAUUUGUAAACAUUUGUUGCAGACUUUAAAAACUCACUAAAAUCUAGGUGCUUCAGUUCUUCCUUUUCCUUAAAAAGAGAAAUUGAAAUCCCUGGAUAAAAUUUCCUCAUUAAAAUAGUAUGGGCAAAAUUACAAUAUCAAGUAGAGUCAUUCAAUAAAGAAGGAAAAAUUCUACUUUUUAAAUAACUAUUUAUGACUUAUUGGCUAAUGAUCUUGGGGUUAUUGGAAAUCUACAUGGGACAGUUGGGGGAUAGUUUGGAUUGUGAAGGUAAUCUGGCUUAGAUUUGAAUUCCAGCCAUGUGACCUCAGGCAAAUGAGUAAUAACCCUGGGCCUCAGUUUUCUCAUCUUAAAUGGAGCAGGAAAUGGCUUCACAGCGGCUUAUGAGCUGUUCAGAGAACAGAGUAAAAAGGUGCCUAACACAUAGUGGUGACUCAAUUGGUGACAGAAAAAUAGGGUUUUUUCCCCUUGGAGUGAUUUCAGGGUGCCUCCAUAUCCACUUAUAUGGAUUAUAAAAUUAAAUCUCAAGAUAUGUUACAGAAUAUAUCUGAAAUAAAAAGCAAGUGACCUCAUAUCAUGUAUUUCAAAUGAAUCCCUAAAGCUAAUGCUUUCUUUGAAAAAAAAUUUUUUUUUAAUUUGUUAAGUUAUAUUAAGUUUUUGUUGUUAAAUUAAGUAUUAUUUUACUAAUACUCUCUUUAGUAUUAAGUCUGUUUAAAACUAACCAUGUAUUUUUUUAUUGCUAAGCAUGAGGAAGGAUAAUUGCAGUGUUAUUCAUGGGCAAAUUCUAGGUAAGGAAAAAAACAGUGUAUUUUAAGGCUAAUCUCAUCAAAGAGCAGGAGAAAUGGGCAAUUGCUCAUUUUAUAUAAUUUCAUUUUUCAAGUCAUUCUAAGUUGAGUAAUUUAAAAUUUCAUAUACGUUAGUACAAAAAUACAUAGAAAUACAUCACAUAUUCCAAAGUGGCUUUCUUAAACUUUUCUUUCCAAUUUAUUACAAAUUUAAUUUAUUAUCUUUAGUGCUUGAUGACUUUAAUUACUAGUGCACCUGGAAUGAUAUUGACAGCAGGAAGACAGUCUGACUCACCUUCAGUAUUUACAGGUCUUUUCCAGUUUCCAAACCCUUCCUUAACAGUAAUUUAGAGGAGACAGGGUAGCUUCAUGGAAAGAGCUCACAAUCUGGAGUCCAAACCUGGGUGUGUGGUUCUGCCACUGUCUGCCUCUGUGACCCUGAUUAGGCAAGUUACUUAAAUUAACUUUCUCCUUUAUAGUGCUUGAAUGCCCCUUGCAAAACAAGGAUUAAAUGUGAUGACGUUUGCCAAGGUGCUUUGUACAUUGUAAAAUGCUGUACAGUUUCAGCGUACUCUAAAUUUUCAAAGCUCUAGAGCAGGUGUCAGCACAGCUUUUUUCUGUAAAGAAGCAGAGUAAAUAUUUCAGGUUUUACUGACCAUACAACCUCUAUUGCUGGUACUAAUCUCUGCUGUUGGUGGUGCAAAGGCAGCCAAUACCUAUCUGUAAACAAAGGUGGUGACAUAGUUUGUUAACUCUGCUCCAGACUUUCAGAGCUAGAGGAAUUUGAGAAGCUUCCUGAUGGAGUUUUCUUAGAAGGGAUUUAAGAAUUGGAAUAUGAGAAUCUUGGAGGUGGUUAUUCCUAGAUUACUAGGUCAGCUUUACAACAUUUCUCAAUUGUCUUAUUGGGGCAAAUUAUUUAAGCUUUCUGUGUUUUGAUAGUCUCAUCUCUAAUUGAAGGUAAUUAUAUAUAAUUUAUGAAGGUGUUGGGAGAAUUAGAAAAGACACUUAAAGUACUCAGGACAGUGUUGGCAACUCAGGAAGCACCUGAAAGAUGUUAGCUGUGAUGAUCACCUGUCAUUUUACAGAGAAGAGAGUGGAAGUCCAGAUGUAGUUAAGGACUUGUCUAAGAUUACAGUAAUAGUUGGGGCUUCCCUCGUGGCUCAUGUGGUAAAGAAUCUGCCUGCAAUGCAGGAGACCUGAGUUCGAUCCCUGGGUGGAGAAGAUCCCCUUAGAGAAGGCAACCCACUCCAGCGAAUUCUCCAUUGCCUAGAGAAUUCCAUGGACAGAGGAGCCUGGCAGGCUAAAGUCCAUGGUGUCACAGAGAGUUGGACACUGGAGCUACUAACACUUCCAGUUUUACUUCACAGUAAUAGUGGCAGAACCAGACAAGCUUGUGCAAGGCACAACCCCUUUGAGCCUUUGUCACUUGAACUGAAAAAUGGGGGGGUUGGGCAACAUCUUCUUUUGCGACCUUCUAGUUCCAUUGUCCUUACUUGACUAACUGGCACCCUAGGGCUUAAAGAACUAAUUUACUUCCCUAAGUGCCUUCCCGUCUGGAAAUGACUUACUAUGCAGCAUCAGUAAAUUGGCAAAAAAAAAAAAAAAAUGCAGGCAACAGAGAGGGAGACUCUGAUGUGGCAUUAAUAUAAAAUAAAUAUAUUUAUAUAGAAUAUGUAAUUAUAAAUUUACAUUAUAUAUGUGAACAUAUUGUUAUUGUUCAGUCGCUAAGUCAUGUCUGACUCUACAACCCCUUGGACUGCAGCUCAUCAAGCUCCCCUGUCUCCCACUAUCUCCUGGAGUUUGUCAAAUUCAAUGUCUGUAGAGUCAAUGAUACUAUCUAACCAUCUCAUCCUCCACCGCCCCCUUCUCCUUUUGCCUUCAGUCUUUCUCAGCAUCAGGGACUUUUCCAGUGAGUCAAUCUUCGCAUCAGGUGGCCAAAGUAUUGGAGCUUCAGUUUCAGCACCAGUCAUCCCAAUGAAAAUAUUCAGGGUUGAUUUCUUUUAGGAUUGACUGGUUUGAUCUCCUUGCAGUCCAAGGGACUCUCAAGAAUCUUCCAGGAGUGCAAUUCAAAAGCAUCAAUUCUUCAGCGCUCAGCCUUCUUUAUGGUCUAACUCUCACAUCUGUAUAUGACUGCUGGAGAAACCAUAGCUUUGACUAUAUGGACCUUUGUCAGCAAAGUGAUGUCUCUGCUUUUUAAUAUGCUGUCUAGGUUUUUGAUGUCUUUCCUUCCAAGGAGCAAGUAUCUUAAUUUCAUGGCUGCAGUCACUGUGCACAGUGAUUUUGGAGCCCAAGAAAAUAAAAUCUGUUACUGCGUCCACUUUUCCCCCUUCCUCUUGCCAUGAAGUGGUGGGACUGGAUGCCGUGACCUUAAGUUUUUUGAUGUUGUGUGUGUAUACAUGUAUGAUACACUGCAUGCCUUAAGUAUCAGAGAAGGAGCCAAGUCCUUGGCAAUUAGUAUGGUAAAUAAUUACAUUGAAUACAUUUCAGUCAAUUUUGAAUGUUUCUCAGGGACUUUUAAGGUGCACAUUCUAAUAACAAAUUGAGUAUUUAUGUACCCAAGUUCAGAUUAUUUUGACAAAACGAUUAAAGUAAUGAGAUCAAAAAUAACUCUUUUUUUAUGAUGUAUAUUCCCCAGGUACUAGUGAAUUCAACAAUGAUAUAUUGGGUGUUUCUUGGUCAAGGGGUUUCUGUAAGCUCACUGGUUCUAGAAAGGGAACUGAAAUGUGAUGACGUUGCCUUUUCUGAACCACACAAGGUCUCAUUCAGCUUGCCUUCUGCUCUUUCUUGUCUGGCUUCUUCACUUUAAACCAGUGACUCCUCUCCAAGGGUGCCUGGCAAUUCUACAUAACGUACUGGAAAGGAAAUGGUUUGAUAUUCUUACCCAGGAGACUAAAAUGGCAAAUAUGCAGCUGUAUGUGGCUCCACUUUUGGUUUUAAGUCGGGACUGCUAUUUGAGUUGGAACACGUAGGAAGCCUCGAAUGAAACCAUCCCAUACAAGUAAACAGGAUAUAAGGACUGAAAUACAAAUCUACCUAAAGCAAAGCUACUCUGCGUGUUCUGCAAGCCAGUGCUGGUUUGUGAACUGCUUGUUAUCAGCCUACAAUAAGAUACAUCCUCCAUCUGUUGCACUUAUUGAUAACGAAGCAUCCUCUAGCAGUGACUGUGAUAGAACAAGCAGGAUUUCACAGAAAUAUGCAGGUGGUAUAUCUUCGGGUGAUUCUGGAUGUACCAUCAAGGAAAGAGGUGGGAAAGUCAGAGGAGACAUCAUGGACUUGGCUGUCUGUACCAGGGAGAAACUGGCCCAUGUUAGAGACUGCAAAACAGGUUCCAGUGGAAUACCUGUGAAACUGGUCACAAAUCUCUUUAAUUUAGACUUGCCCCAGGACUGGCAGCUAUACCAGUAUCAUGUGACAUAUAGUCCGGAUAUAGAAUCUAGAAGGCUGAGAAUUGCUCUGCUUUAUAGUCACAGGGAACUCUCCAACAAAGCAAAAGCAUUCGAUGGUGUCAUCCUUUUUCUCUCACAAAAGCUAGAAGAAAAGGUCACGGAGUUGUCAAGUGAAACCCAAAGAGGCAAGACUGUAAAGAUGACUAUCACUCUGACGAGAGAGCUGCCGGCAAGUUCUCCUGUGUGCAUCCAGGUCUUCAAUAUCAUCUUCAAAAAGAUCUUAAAAAAGUUGUCCAUGUACCAAAUUGGACGGAACUUCUAUAAGCCUUCUGAGCCAGUGGAAAUUCCCCAGCACAAAUUGUCUCUUUGGCCUGGGUUCGCCAUUUCUGUAUCACAUUUUGAAAGCAAACUCCUGUUGAGUGCUGAUGUGAGUUACAAAAUCCUCCGGAAUGAGACAGUUCUGGAGUUCAUGACGGAUCUCUGCCACAAAACAAGCGUAUCCUGCUUUUCCGAGACGUGUGAGAAACAGCUGAUUGGGCUUAUUGUCCUGACAAGAUACAAUAACAAAACCUACCGCAUUGAUGACAUCGACUGGUCGGUGAAACCCACGCACACCUUCCGGAAGCGGGACGGCACUGAGAUCACCUACGUGGAUUACUACAAGCAGCAAUAUGAUAUUACCUUAUCUGACCUGAACCAGCCAGUGCUUGUUAGUCUGUUGAAAAACAAGAAAAAUGACAACUCUGAGGUUCCGAUGGCCCACCUGAUUCCCGAACUCUGCUUUCUAACAGGGAUGCCUGGCCAGGCGACAUCUGAUGUCCAGCUGAUGAAGGCUGUGGCUGAAGAAACUCGUCUUAAUCCUUUGGUAAGGCAGCAGCACCUGGCCAGGCUUGCAGAUGACUUCCAGAGAAACAAGGAUGCUCGUUUUGAACUGGAGACCUGGGGGCUGCAUUUUGGAUGCCAGUUGUCUCUGACUGGCCGCAUUGCACCUGCAGAAAAAAUAAUAAUGCAAGACCACAUGUGUCAACCUGCCUCUGCAGCUGACUGGUCCAAGGAUAUACGAACUUGCAAGGUUUUAAGUGCACAGUCUUUGAAUAAAUGGUUGGUUAUAUGUAGUAACAGAGCUGAAAGUGUGACAGAGAACUUUCUGAACUGCUUGAGAAGAGUUGGAAGUCCCGUGGGAUUUAAUGUGGAUCGCCCCAAAAUCAUAAAAGUACAAGAAAAUCCAGCUGCAUUUAUUCACGCUAUACAGAAACAUGUUAAAUAUGAGGUUCAGUUGGUGCUGUGCGUUCUGCCUUCUAUGCAGACGAGCUAUUAUGAUUCCAUUAAAAAAUAUUUGAGCUCCGACUGCCCCGUGCCCAGCCAGUGUGUGCUUGCUCAGACGUUGAAUAAGCAGGGGAUGAUGAUGAGUGUCACCACCAAGAUUGCCAUGCAAAUGAUCUGUAAACUCGGGGGUGAGCUCUGGGCGGUGGAGAUCCCGUUAAAAUCCCUGAUGGUGGUUGGUAUCAAUGUCUGUAAAGAUGCAUUCAGCAAGGAAACAGUGGUGGUUGGAUUUGUGGCCAGUAUUAACCCCAGAAUCACCAGAUGGUUUUCCCGCUGUAUUCUUCAGAGAACAACAGCUCAUGUUGCAGAUUGCUUAAAAGUGUUCAUGAUCGGGGCACUGAACAGGUGGUAUAAGCAUAACCACGGUUUGCCAGCACGGAUAAUUGUGUACCGUGACGGUGUCGGCGAUGGUCAGCUCAAGACACUCGUUGACUAUGAAGUCCCACAACUGCUGAGCAGUGUGACCGAAGCAAGUUCAAAUACCAGCCCCAAACUGUCAGUGAUUGUGGUCAGGAAGAAGGGCAUGCCACGAUUCUUGGCGGAAACCGGCCGAACUCUGCAGAACCCACCCCUUGGCACUGUCGUGGAUUCGGAAGCAACACGGCCAGAAUGGUACGACUUUUACUUGAUCAGCCAGGUGGCCUUUCGGGGAACUGUUAAUCCCAUCUACUACAACGUCAUUUAUGAUGACAAUGGCCUGAAACCUGACCACAUGCAGAGACUCACGUUCAAACUGUGUCACCUCUACUACAACUGGAUGGGCCUAAUCAGUGUUCCGGCUCCCUGUCAGUAUGCACGCAAGCUGACCUUCCUAGUGGCACAAAGCCUUCAUAAAGAACCAAGUUUGGAAUUAGCCAAUUCUCUCUUCUACCUGUGAUAACGUGAACGGGAGGCAUCACUGGUGGAGGAUUCUGAGGAGCCCAUGGUGUACUCUGUACAAAUCUGCUAUAAGCUCAAGGCUGUGGCUCCGGGAAGCAGAUUGAGUGUAGUUUUAACUUCUGAGGGGAAAAAAAAAAAAAAACAUAGCAACUGAACCUGAAAUGGUUCAGAAGAAAUGAUGUUUUAUUUUAUUUUUUUAAUUUUUUUUUAUUGAAGGAUGAUAUUACUGCGCAAUAUUGUGCUUAUCACUGCCUUUCAUCAACAUGAAUCAGCCGCAUGGUAUACACAUGUGUUGUUUUAUUUUAAAGAGCUUUGUGCUCAGGGUGAAUUCUCGUUGUGGUGUAUAGAAUUAAAAUGUACCAUCACCUGUAAGGAAUACCACAAAGUUAAAUAUCCCCUCAGAAAAUAAGUGCUUGUGUGAUGUUUUAAUGGUAGGGUCUAAUUUCCACCCUAAAAUUUGCAGAAGUUUUCUUAAAUUAUGUUGUAGAGUGUUUUGUUGAGUGGUUUAAGUAGUUGUUAGAAAAUAAAGAAAAUUGAGAGCAUCACAUACGUGUUUAUUGUUAUUUGAAUUUUAGUUGACAUUUCAUGUGAACUUCAUUAUUUAAGGGUUUUCAGCAAAAACUCUUAGCCCCUAAACCACCUCACCAUCACUUUGAGUUAUAUUUCCAAAAGUGAACAUUUCACUUAUUCUUUUUUUUUUUAAUUGAACUAUUGUUAAUUUACAGGAUUGUGUUAGUUUCAAGUGUACAGCAAAGUGAUUCAGUUAUACAUGAAUAUUUACACAUGUGUGUGUGCGUGCGUGCUAAGCCACCUCAGUCGUGCCUGACUCUUUGCGAUCCUGUGGACUGUAAUCUGCCAGUCUCCUCUGUCCAUGGGAUUCUCCAGGCAAGAACAGUGGACUGGGUUGCUAUGCCCUCCUCCAGGGGAUCUUCCCAAUGCAGAGAUCAAACCCAUGUCUCUUAGUCUCCUGCAUUGGCAGGUGGGUUCUUUACCACUAGAGCCACCUAGGAAGCCCAUAUAUGUAUCAGUUCAGUUCAGUCGCUCAGUCGUGUCUGACUCUUUGCGACCCCAUGAAUUGC